ACCGCACACCACAUGACCUCGUUGCCGUGUCCCGUGACCAGCUCACGUGAAUUUCGACAAAUUCAAACGUUUUUUUUUUUCGGCGUCGAGGAAUGGACAUUUUGGAGCAGCAGCUCGAGCAACAGGAUGUCAGCACCGUGAAGACCGACGGAGAUGGCACGGCGGGGAUCGUUAUCGAGGAAGCGGAGAUCGUGGAUUGCGAAGGAGAACCCGUCGCGGAACAUGAGAUACGCUAUCCCGAAGCCUUGGCGUACCGGGUCGUCCAGGUGAACGGCACGGCGGCUAUACAGUCGGCCAACGAGAUAGAGUUGCCCGCGACCCAGCCGAACAAUACCGUGCAGGUUCUGACGUCGCCACUGAACGGGCAGUUUUACGUUAUCGGAAAUGCCAACGACGUCUUCACCACGGCUCAGGCAUCGAGGUCCUUGGUGCCGAGAACGGCUACGUUGCAGAUAGAAACCCCGAGGAAUUGCACCGCUGGUUUGAAAAAGCGAGACGACAGGCGGAGAGCAACGCACAACGAAGUCGAGCGCCGGCGUAGAGAUAAGAUAAACAAUUGGAUUACAAAGUUGGGCAAGAUCAUCCCUGACUGCCACACCACAACCUGCCCUACCACCGGCAGCGGCAGUAGCGGAGAAGGAAAAGCCAACUAUGAAACUCAGAGUAAAGGAGGCAUCUUAGCAAGGGCCUGCGAGUACAUAGGAGAAUUGCGUACUGCUAAUCAAAAUCUGGGACAAUACCUGCGCGAGAACGAGAAGCUGCAGCAGGAGAUCACGACGCUGAAGCAAGUAGUUACCCAAUUGAAACGCGAGAAUCUUCAGCUUAGAUCGCAAAUAUCGUCCUCGCCAUCGGCCGGCACCGACGUACACUUGAGUCCUUAAGCUUCCUCUAGUUCGUGAGUCAGUGGCUCUUUCUGUAAAUAUUAGAGUCUAUAAGUUGUCUUCUCUCACAAGGGAAUUUAAGAUUUUGUUUUUGUUUUUUUUCUUUAUAUCUGAUAUAA